UGAUUAUGAUAAGGAUUCUGAGCUCGAGGCUCCUUCCUUUCCGCUCUUUCCCUCGAGUUCUUAUAGUCUGCGCUGUGCGUCCGAUUCCCAGCAUACCUAUUAGCCACACCUUUAUGUCUCGACUCUCGCUGAGGUUUGAUUGGCGUUGUUUGGUGCAGCAAAACAUGCAGAUAAUAGACAUAUGGACGAAUCUGGGACUUGUAUAAGGACGUCUGCAACUAUCGCCAACCCACCUUGGGCCAUGGAAUCGAAGCUGUCGUCGCCAAGUUUCGUCGGGUGCCGAUUCCGUUUCCGAAAAUCGGCAUUCGAUUCGUAUUUGGUCGCCUGUGAAGCAUUCUCGGAAGAGCCUCUCCUUCUUCUUCGUCUUCUUGGUUUCAGAACCAAACUGUCUUCAUAGCGUUUCACCGGUUUUCCUCUCGAUUUUCCUUCCUUUUUUGUUCUCAUUGCAAUUCGCCGUCGUUUUUUGGCAAUGGAGUUUGUUGCGGGUCUGAAAUGUGAGGUUCUGGCUGGUGAGGUUGUGGAGAAAGAUCCCACCGGACGAUACGUACGGUAUGAUGAAGUCUUGGGGAGAGGAGCAGUUAAGAAUGUAUACAAGGCAUUUGAUGAAGUUGACGGAAUAGAAGUUGCUUGGAACCAAGUGAACAUUGAUGAUGUAUUGCAGUCACCAGAACAGCUGGAGAGGUUAUAUUCCGAGGUUCAUCUGCUGAAAUCUUUGAAACACAAAAACAUCAUCAAGUUCUAUUAUUCAUGGGUAGAUGAUAAGAACAAGACCAUCAACCUUAUAACAGAGUUGUUCAGUUCUGGGAGUUUAAGACUAUAUCGCAAGAAGCAUAAGCAUGUUGAUAUAAAAGCCAUCAAGAAUUGGGCAAGGCAGAUUCUUCAAGGUUUAAGCUAUCUCCAUGGCCACAAUCCUCCAAUUAUCCACAGAGACCUGAAAUGCGACAAUAUAUUUGUUAAUGGAAACAAUGGUGAAGUUAAAAUUGGAGAUCUUGGGUUAGCAACUGUCAUGCAGCAGCCUACUGCCCGAAGUGUAAUUGGCACUCCUGAAUUCAUGGCUCCAGAGCUUUAUGAGGAGGAAUACAAUGAUCUUGUUGAUGUAUAUUCUUUUGGCAUGUGCAUGCUAGAGAUGGUUACCUGUGAAUACCCAUAUAGUGAGUGCAACAAUCCAGCUCAAAUAUAUAAGAAGGUUACCUCCGGUAUAAAGCCUGCUUCUCUCAGUAAAGUGAAUGACCCCCAAGUUAAGCAGUUCAUUGAGAAGUGUCUGGUUCCAGCAUCUAUGAGAUUGCCCGCAAUGGAGCUGUUGAAAGAUCCAUUCCUUGCAACCGGAAGUUCGAAGGAUCUCAUUUGUGAUUCGCUGCAAUUAACCAGUAAUUUGCCCGUAUUAGUGAACCCACCACACCCAGAAUCUCAUGUCAUGGACAUAAUAGACUCAAACUGCAAGAAGCUUUCUGUUGGCUGUAGUAUGAAUAGAUUCAAUGGAACUUCUGACUGUUCAACUCUAGAGUUUCAGAGGUUUACUGAGACUAAUGACUUUAGGUUAAGAGGGGAGAAACUUGACGAGAAUACAGCUUCAUUAACUCUGCGCAUUGCGGAUCCACAUGGUCAGGUGAGAAACAUCCAUUUUGCAUUUUAUCUUGAUUCUGAUACUGCAAUUGCAAUAGCUGAGGAGAUGGUUGAACAACUUGAUCUGUCAAAAGAUGAUGUGGCCAUCAUUUCUGAGUUAAUUGACAACUUGAUUACCAAGCUUGUACCCCGAUGGAAAUCUUCAUUUGAGAACUGCUCAUCUGAAGCACAUGGUUCAUUUGGCUUUUCUCAUGUACUUCAAACUGGUGGAAAUUCAGGGACAGCAGAAGACCCUGCCGAGGCAGUUGUUGAGCACCAUGUUCUCCCAAUAUCGGCUGACGUGGAAUAUGAAGACAAUCAAGAAUCUACUGUUUCGGAUAUAUCGGUCGAGUAUGGUGUCUCAAUGGCCUUGGAUGCCUGUAAUGACAGUGUUUUAGAGUCCAAUUACUUCAGUCUUGAUGAAUACCAUAAAGGUUUGAAUGGGUAUGGGUUCAAUUUGGAGUAUGAGGUUUAUGAUGAGAAAAGCUAUGAAGCUAACAUGGGGGAAUCUGGCAUGUCGAAAACCUUGGGCUUGUCGAGCAUAUGUUCUCUAUCUCUGGCAGACGAGGAUCAGGACAGUGAGCUAAAGCUGGAGCUGGCUUCAAUUGACACGCAGUAUCACCAACGUUUAAUUGAGCUGCUGAGGAUGAGGGAGGAAGCAAUAGAGAAUGCCAAAAGGAAGUGGAUGGCAAAGAAGAAAACCUCUGUAAAUUGAUAUACUAGCUUUUUUUGCUACGAUUCUUUUUCCUCAGUCUUAACAAUUGCCUUAUUGUAACUUUGGGGCAAUAUCUGCAGAUUCUUUUUUUUUUUUCUUAGUAUUGAUCAAUUUGAUAUCUGGUCAUGUCCAUGAAGCUGAUAGAAAAAGACUGUUCUAGUGAUUCGGUGAACUUCCUUGAUGAUUUCAAUUUAUUCAUCUGUUUUGUCUGGCA